AGAUAUUGCUCCCAGACGACUUUUUGGAAUCCCUAGAACAUCAACUAUCCGUAAUCACAUGUACCGACGAAUCACUCCUGCCACUUGUGUUCCGUUGGCCAGAACGUAGAUUACGCAUUUGUCUAGUUGAUUCGGCACAAAGCCAGCCAAAGAACUCGCCAACACUGCCAAGCCAUCAUUCGUUACUUCCGAAAUCUGCCGCACUAAACCCUCCAGAUUCGUUACGUGACCGAAGUGAACAGGCUUCAGUGCCAAAUGGGUUCGGGACACACUGUCUUUUGCCUUCCUCUAAGGCGCCUACUUCUAGAUCAGCCAAUUUCGUUUCUGUUCCCGAACAUCCGGCUUCUGCGUCCCUUUUCCCUUACUUCUCCCCAGGAUAUAUUCCCACUCCGGCCAUGUUGAAUGCGUUGUUCAGUAUGGCACCUGGUUCACAUCCUCCCGAUUUCAAUCCUUGCCAAGAUCCUGAUAAGAACCCUUUAGGGUUUCACAACACUGCUUCCCAUUCAGGUAAUUCUACCAGUACUUUUAGAGGUGAUAAUCAUUACGCGCCGAGAGAAAGUGGAGCCUCUCAAUAUCCGCCUUGUGAUGCUGUCACGUAUUGGACGCAACUGUUCGCAAUGUUCAUGCAACCGAGAAGCGCCACGAACACGAUCACAAGCACUCCACUGUCUUUGCUGCCUACAAGCACCUUUAACCCAGCAAUGUAUCAGCAAGGCUUACCACUUUCCAUCGCUCCAACUAAUUCUGACUUCAUUCCUUCAACGGCUCAGCCAAGCAUCCACCCCGUUAGUUGCACACUGGCCCGAAAUUGUUAGCUGGCCCUAUCGAAUCCUCUUGUUGCUGCUCUCUGCGCCAUCGUCAAAAGGCUACAGGUUGUUCUGCGGCGUUUCUCAUUUUGCCCCACAUUUUAAGCGCCAUGUUACGAUGACUCGUCUCUGCCACCGCUUAUCACCGUUCAACAAUAGAGAGCACUCCUUUUGUUCGUCCACUGUCAAUCAUGCAUCACUUGUUCGUCACAUCACAUAUAGGAUUUUUGUUCAUCCCUUUAACAACGGUAUAUCCCCUUUCGCCGCUAGAAUUUGUCGUCAUACUUUUUAUUUCGUGUUUAUUUAACAGUGGAACCAAUUAUCCUCCCCGUUUGCAAGCAUAGGACCAUCAGACGUAUGUGCAGGGAAGCUAACAGUGUUUACAUACGCUGGUUAAUUUUUUUCUGCCCAGCGCUCCUGUGGUGCCAAGUGCAUGUCGCACCUACUAAUCACACUAUUCGGUGUUCACACUUUCCGAUUUAUAUUCUCUGUCCUUGAUUUGUGACAAUGAUAUCCGCCGCAUACAUUUCUUCCUAAAAACCUUACACUGCUCUCACGCAACGAACAGUUCUGUAUUGAAAUUUCUAUUAACUUCGCUUAAACCAAUGAGCUAUUUUUGUUCCACAGGCUUUAAAAAUAAUCAUACUCGAGAUACGAG